AUGCCACUAGAGGAAUCAGUAGUUAAUCGAAUCGCUGCCGGCGAAAUCAUCGUUCGUCCUUCAAAUGCAGUGAAGGAACUUUUAGAGAAUUGUAUCGAUGCUGGAGCUAAGAGUGUAAAGAUUACCGUCAAAGAAGGUGGAGUGAAGAUGUUGCAAAUUCAAGAUAAUGGUAGUGGGAUACGUAAAGAAGAUUUGGCGAUUCUAUGCGAACGAUUUACUACUUCGAAGAUUCGAAACUUUGAUGAUCUUACUUCUCUUACGACUUAUGGUUUUCGAGGCGAAGCUCUUGCUUCGAUCUCUCAUGUCGCACAUCUUACUGUGGCGACCAAGACCCGGGACGCUAAUGUUGGAUGGAAAGCGCAAUAUUCAGACAGUCGACUCGCACCACUUAAGGUCGGUGGUCCAGUUGAGCCUCAAGCUUGCGCAGGAAACGAUGGAACUGUGAUCACUGUUGAAGAUAUGUUUUACAAUGUUCCUCAACGACGUAAAGCAUUACAAAGCGGCGCAGAAGAAUAUCGUAAAAUAGUAGAUGUUGUCUCAAAGUAUGCAAUCCAUAAUGAAGGAGUAGCCAUAUCUUGUAAAAAGGCUGGCUCGCAAACUCCAGAUGUCAAUACCUCUGCAACUGCUACAACCCUAGAAACUAUUGGACGAUUGUAUUCUGAACAGCUAAAGAAAGAGCUCAUUCGGUUACAAUUCGAAGAUGAUGAGUUCGAAUGCAAAGUUGACGGAUACUGCUCCGGGGCUGAUUAUACCUUAAAGAAGCCAGUCACCCUGAUCUUCAUUAAUCAUCGAUUAGUAGACUGUAGUCCACUUCGAAAAGCACUCGAAAUCACCUAUACUCCUAUCCUACCAAAAGGUGCCUUUGGAUUUAUUUAUAUUUCAUUGGAGAUUGAACCUAGUAAAGUGGAUCCGAAUGUACAUCCUAAUAAAAAAGAAGUUCGGUUUCUCAAUGAGGAUGAAAUCAUUGAGAAGAUUUGUGAGAAGUUGAAUAGCUUACUUGCUGGUAGAAACUCGAGUCGAUCAUUCCAAGUUCAAUCUAUGGGAUUCAGAAAUCGGGAUGUGUCACAACGUGAUCGAGCGGAUGAGAUGGUUUCAUCUUCGAGUAAAAGUACUAAACUUCCACCUCAAAAAUUAGUACGAUCAGAUCAUCAAAUCCAAACACUUGACUCGUUCGUAAGACCGAACCUUUCAAAAGAUACAAGAGAGUCUACAUCCUCUAGUAAUCGAUCAUUGGGAAAAGAAGAUCGUCAAGGAAGUAUAACUCCACCUGAUAUAUCAGUUAUCAGUAGGGAAAAUCAGAUGAUGGUGGAUAAUUUAACUUUUACAAAUGUUUCUUCUAAGAUUGAAGAAAGUGUAUGUAUUUUGAGAAGUGUAAAAAAGAUUCGAAAACAAAUUGAAGAAUCUAAAGAUCCAGAUUUGUGUGAUUUGAUCCUUCGCCAUGUUUUUGUUGGUGUGGUGGAUCUUCAUAAAGGGUUUUCGAUGAUUCAACAUGAAACAAGGUUAUAUUUAAUCAAGCAUUCUAUCUUUUGUGAAGAAUUGUUCUAUCAACUUGGUGCUAGACAAUUUGGAGCAUAUCAUCGAAUUACAUUAUCACCACCACCUGAACUAAAACGGUUAGUAAGAUUAGCAGUGAUGAGGGAACCGAGUGAAAAGUUGGAUGAAUAUGGUCGAGAGAAAAUAAUAGAAAAAAUUUGUCGUACGUUAAGGUCCAAGGCUGCAAUGUUGGAUGAAUAUUUUUCUUUAAAGUUUAAUCAAGAAGGCUAUAUUGAAAGUUUACCUAUGUUGAUAAAUGGUUAUACACCAAAUUUAGAACAAUUACCAUUAUUUUUGAUUAGGCUUGCAGUACAGUGUAAUUGGAAUUCAGAAGAAGAAUGUUUUAUAAGUUUUUUAAGAGAAUUAGCGUUUUUUUAUGUUCCAAGAAGAUCAAGUUUAUUAAAUCAAACUGAAGGAAAUUCAAAACAAGAAGAAGAAGAAGAAGAAAAUCAAAAGAUUGAAACCCAAUUGAAAGAAAAACUGUUCCCAUUAAUGAGAUCUUACCUUUUACCACCUAAAUCAUUAAAUGAAAAGAUUAGAUUCACCACUUCUUUACCUGAUCUUUAUAAAGUUUUUGAAAGACUUUAUUUUGAAGUUGGGAUCAUUGGGUUGGUUUUGAAAAAGCCAGAAUCUAAGUUUUGA